AUGGCAAACCCCAUCAUUCCUCCGGUGAUGCGAGCAGCUCAGAUAAAGGAAUACAACAAACCAUAUGAGCUAGUGGAGAGAGAAACUCCGGCCAUUCGCAGCAAUGAGCUACUUAUCAGAGUUCAUGCGGCCGGAUUCUGCCACUCGGAUCUACAAGUUUUACAGGGACAAUUUGAGUCACCGUUGGGCAUGAUCGCAUCUCAUGAACCUGCCGGUAUCGUGGUUCAGGUUGGUAAAGACUGCAAUCAGAAAUGGAAGGUCGGUGAUAGAGUUGGGGCUCUCAACUACAAGAACUCAUGCGGCAAAUGCAGUGGCUGCGGUCUGUCACUUCGCACUAGCAGGAAGCAUACUCUGGACCCAAGAUUCUGCGAAAAGAGAGAGACCGCUGGUUUUCAUCAUGAUGGGGCUUUCGCGGAAUAUCUUGCCAUAGAUCCGGAGACCACUGUCGGCUUACCGCCGACCCUAUCUUUCGAGCAAGCGGCGCCAUUGAUGUGUGCAGGUGCUACAGUUUGGGGCUCACUCGAAAAAGCAACAAGUGAGCUGGAAGCAGGAGAAACUGUAGCUAUUGUCGGCAUCGGAGGUUUGGGUCAUCUCGGAUUACAAUUUGCCAGCGCCAUGGGUUUCCGCGCCAUAGCGGUCGACAGCCGUCCGGCGGGGAGACAGCUUGCUACUGAAAUGUUCAAUGAAAGUCUCAAGCCGGUGCUGGUGGUGGAUUCUGGCUCGGAACGUGCGACUUCUCAAAUCUUGGACUUUACGAACGGGGAGGGCGUAGCCGCAGUUGUGGUUUGCACAGACUCACUAUCAGCCAACAGUUGGGCAUUGACGAUCCUACGAAUUGGAGGGGUCAUGGGAGUCCUGGGCUUGCCUGCUGAGAAUUGGAGGUUUGACUCUAGUGUCAUCGUUUUCAGAGAGCUCACGAUUCGGGGGAGUUAUGUUGCGGGUAGAGAAUCCACCGAAAGGAUGAUGGAGGCUGUGGAGAGAGCCAGCAUUAGGUCUCACAUCACUCUGAUGUCGUUUGACGAGAUCCCGGGCAUUGUAGUGGCUUAUCAGGAUAGCGGAUUUAAAGGCAGGCUUGUGACAGCAUACGGCCCUCCACAAUCUGGUCAGGGUCAGCGUGAGAGUUACAAUGAUGAAAGGCUGAUUUCUAUCUUACUCCAAUUCUAUCUUUCUUGUAACCGCUUUGCGGACACUGAGUUGUACCAGCGCUCAUUAGGGUCAUCCUCAUUCAGUAGUGUAGGUUUGUGUUACUGGGGCUUGGAGGCACAGAGUAGCGGGGGCAUUCUACGGAUAUUGCCAUCACGUUCGUUGAUGUCGACUUCAUUCUGUGUGUCAUCGGAAACCCGCCUUCGCCACAGAUUGACCCAAUGGCCCGCGGAAGAGCCCCCGACAAUUUCUCUCGUCACUACAAUCAAUCGAAACGCAUCGGUGACCAGCGAUCCAACAGAACACCGUCGACGAUUGCCACCUCCCAUCAUGUCUGUUUUCUUCAAGGACAUCUCCACGGAGAACCCCGUGCAGAAAGGCGACGUCGAGAAGCUGCUCGAGCCACUCGGUUUGACGAUCAAGGCUGAGGAGUCGGCCGACUACCAGCGACUGCUCGCUGCGGUGCACGAUUGCGCUACCCGUAUCGAUAGUCUUCCAGACUACCAACCGGCCCCCGACACGAAACGAUACCCCCGAGAGAAUGUACAUAUACCCACAGCAGAAGAGCAAGAGUUUGGGCAUGCGUGGGCACAUCGUUUCUUGAUUAGGGGAGAUAAGUCAGCUUCUGGUCCGUCUCAGGUAUGCCUGAAGGGAAAGACUGUAUGCUUGAAGGAUUGCAUUGCCGUAGCAGGCGUUCCACAGUUCUUCGGAAGCGAUGCUUUUCCUCCUUGGACGCCAUCGACGGAUGCCACAGUGGUGACACGAGUUUUGGAUGCCGGAGCCGAUAUUCUGGGGACGGCUACAUGUGAGCACUUUUGCAACUCCACAGCAUCCUUCACCAGCGCGCAAGGCACAAUCGAGAAUCCCUAUAAGGAAGGCUACUCCACCGGUGGCAGCACCUCUGGGGGUGCCGCCCUUGUUUGUUCCGGAAAGAUCGAUAUCGCGCUAGGCACAGAUCAAGGCGGCAGCAUCCGGGUUCCAGCUUCAUUUUGCGGCUGCGUCGGUGUGAAGCCGACUCACGGUCUGGUGCCUUUCACGGGAAUUACUAGCGGUGAUGCUAUUGAUGACCAUGCAGGGCCCAUUUGCCGUUCGGUCACUGAAGCUGCUGAAUGUCUUGAUGUGAUCUCCGGAUACGACGGCAUCGACGAUAAGUCUCUAGGCGCUGCGGCUCAUGGCUCCUACAACUUCUCUGCUGCUCUGUCAGCGGGCUCCGGUCGUUUGGACGGAAUCAAGAUUGGCCUUCUGAGGGAGGGCUUCGAUCAAGAAAUUGUCGACCCCAAAGUCAAAGACCACGUCCUUUCGGCCGCCCGGAGACUGGAGUCUCUAGGGGCAAUUGUCGAGCAUGUAUCCGUCCCUCUUCAUCUGGAAGGCCCUUCAAUAUGGACAAUACAACAACGUAUUGCGGGCUCGUCGGGUAUGCUGGGGAGAGCUUCGGGACACAGAGGUCUUGGCCUGACUGAGUUUGAAAAGGCACGACUGCCCUGGGCGGAUUCGAGCUUUCAAAAACUUUUCCCCUCCACAAAGAAUACCUUCAUCAACGGCUUGUAUCUUUCGGACAAGUUCCCGGGUCUCUACAGCAAAACAAUCAACAUCGGUCGGCAAAUCAGCGACGCCUAUCAGAGCAAGUUUCAAACGUACGAUGCGAUAAUCAUGCCAACGACUCCUUUUGUGGCACCACGACAUGGGCCUCGAGAUUCUGUGCUGGGUUCAUUUGAACCCACCAUAGGACUGACCACCAACACCGCCGUAUUCAACGUUACUGGACAUCCAGCAAUGUCAAUACCCGUGGGAUUUAUUGCCGCCAAAGAUGACGCGCAGGUCUUACUUCCGGUUGGCAUGCAAAUUGUCGGAGGGCUAUGGCAAGAGAAGAAGAUCCUCACCAUUGCACAUGCAUGGGAGACCAACUUCGACUGGAAGAGCGUCACGAGCACCACCGAAGCUCCUGAAUCUGUUCCAGAUACUCUCUCAACGGGCUCAAAUGUCAAAGUCAAUGGCAGGACGAUGCCUGAGGUUAACGGCACAACUUCACCAAGUCUUAAGCGUGUGAAUGAUACACAUAUAGACACUCGCUCUCUCUUGGCUCUAGGUAUUUGCUUGGUCCGCCACGUGUCGCCUGACCCGACUUGGCUUGCCCGCCCGAACACCUCAAUUUCACUUCCCCGCACCACCAACGGCACUACCCGUAUGGUCGUAACCAAAGACACCUUGCCGCUCGGUCACCGCGGCGAGAGGGCUCAUGCUAACCCCAGCAAACGGGACAUGUUUGGUCACACAGAUAGCUCUCCGCCCGGCCAUCUCGCCAAAUUCUCCCAGCUGACGAGUGGACAAGCACAGCCCAACACCCUUCCCAAAGCUGCUCCUGGCGGCUUACUGCGUCAGGAAACAGACGGUAAAGGCCUGCCAACUUGUGCACACAUCCGAGACAGAAACAUGGUCCGCAAAGGAAGCCCCAAAGUUCGGACUGGAUGCAUCACCUGCAAGCUGUGCCGCACUUACGGGGUCCAUAUAUCUCCAUCUGAUCAGCACCUAAUUGACGUACAGGCAGACGCUGCGAUGGCUACAGACCCGCUCGUCAAGGAACCGUAUCCCUACACCAGCCAAAUCAAGUCUUCCCGGGAGUCACCAAGGUCAGCGAAGGUCGAGCUUUACAGUACUUCUUUCAGUAACUUCGAGCCGGCCGUCAGACACGCCGUCAUUUCCAUCAGCAGUCUCUAUGAAGAGGCUCAGGGCAAUUUUGAGGCUACUGCCACCGUACGGCACAGCAAUCAAAAUUUGGCCCUACACCACUACAAUGCCGCUAUUCACGAGUUGAGAGUCAUGGACUCUCAAGAAAAGCAGCCCAUAAUCUUGCUUGUUUGCGUUCUCUUCAUCUGCGUGGAGAUCAUGCGCGUCAACAGAAAAGCAGCACUGCAGCACAGCAGACAUGGUGUCGAGAUACUGAAGAGCAUCUCUCCCGACUACAUGUUCUCGUGGACCAUGGAGCACCUCCUACCGAUAUUUCGGCGGCUUAGCGAGUUCGCUCUUUUCUUCGGUGAAGAAGAGUCGGAUUUCCCUGACAUAAGGGCCCUAGAGGGACCCAUGCCGCAGUUCUUUCUCACUUUCUCAGACGCACAGCUCAUGCUCGAUGUCCUCUUCAAUCGAACAGCAGAGUUCAUGCGCUCACAGCGCAAUUCACAGCGAGCCGCUUCAAAAUCGCCUGGACCCGAUGAUACCGGGACACCGCCCCCGAGUCUUCUCUCUGAGCAUGCUGCCAUUAACGGUCUCCUAGACCAGUGGUUCAAGCUUUACAAUGACUUCAUGGCUAUCAAACCCAAGGAAGCACCUACACAGAACAAUCAAAUCAUCAGCCGGUCAGACUCAGAUAGGCCAAAGAUGCUGCAAUGCUUUCUCUUGACUCGCUAUGAGUGCUGUUGCAUAUGGCUCAACAUGGCAUUCGAUACAAGCGAAGCCGGCUACGAUAGAUACAUCACCAACUUCCGAAGAAUCCUAAAGCGGCUUCUUUGGCUGGAAGCCGAGGUUCCAGAUCCUUUACGUUUCAACACUUCAAAACAUCCACACUUCAUCUUCGAAGCUGGCUUCGGCGCCAUGCUAUUCUUUCUCGUCUCAUCUUGUCGUGAUCUAGAAACGCGACUGGAGUUCCUACGGCUGAUGCCAGUGUUGGGUCUCCCGCGGGAAAAUCUUUGGGAAGCAGACGUCCUAGUCGCGGCUGCAAGGAAAAUCAUUGAGCUCGAGCACGACAUCAAAUUGGAUAUCAGUGGGCGGCCCGUGUCUUCACCAUCGUUUGUGCAGCCUCCCGGGGAGAUGAGGGUGACGGACCUGUGGACGGAAUCUCAAAUGAGGCCUGACAGUUUGCAAAUGGACGAUCAAGGUGUAUCUCAUCGAACGAUACAGGUUGUGAGGCGAGACUCCAAGGGCCAGACCUAUCUUCAGUCCGAGGAUCUUGUCGUCAAUGGUAGGAUGACUGGGUAG